UCUGAGACGUUUGUAGGCGCAUAGCAUUGAAUGACUGUAACUUUCCUUCCUUUUGAGUUGAACCUGGCUGUCAUUAUCCUGGAGGAGAUUGGUUCCCACUGCAUGAGAGCUUUGGUUGCUGUUGGUGACAUCAUGAUGGCCACUCCCUCGGUGUGCUCAUGGUUGUCCUCUAGGUGGCCGGAAAAGAUUACUGUCUCUCCAGUAGGUAGUUGGCACCUUCCAGUUCCGUUCCAUCUGCUUUCGCAGAUUCCCAACACUUCUAUUCUGUACCUUCUCAUUUCAGCGGCUAUCUGGGCAGCCUUUCCAGUUUCGUACAUUGUACGAACAUUCCAGGUACCCAUCCUUACUUUUGCUUUCAUCGAAAGAAGGCACAUCGGCUGACUGGCUUCCCGAAGGCUUUCACCAGCCUGCGUCAUUU